AUGGCCCUUCGUUAUCCCUUGGCUCCAUAUCUAUUCUUUUCGUUGGCUUUCGUCCCUCUUUACGCGGCGGCAUGCGACAACUCCACCACCGGCGACUCGCAACCCCAUCACUGUGAGAAGAUCAUGAACCAGAUCGAUGCUUGUUGGCGUUGCGAUCCGGGAUGGGCAUCCAACCGUAAACUCUUGGCCGACUGCGCUGUGGGCUUUGGCAAGGGUGCGUUGGGAGGGAAAAAUGGAACAAUCUAUACGGUCACCGACCCCUCCGACAACGCCACGAACCCGAAGCCAGGCACCCUCCGCUACGGUGCCAUCCAGACACAGCCUCUGUGGAUAGUCUUCAAGAAGGACAUGGUCAUUAGACUUGAGAGCGAGCUCUUCAUGAACAGCUUCAAGACCAUCGACGGGAGGGGGGCCAAGGUGGCGAUCGCCGAUGGGCCAUGCAUCAGGAUACAACAAGUGAACCAUAUCAUAAUCCAUGGGCUAGGCAUCCACAACUGCACUCGUGGGAGGCUGGGCAUGGUCCGUAUCUCCCCAACGGUUGUCGAGCACUGGGGAGGCCAUGAAGGGGAUGCCAUCACCAUAUUUGCUUCGUCGCACGUGUGGAUCGACCACUGCAACCUGUCUCAUUCUACGGAUGGACUCAUCGAUGUGGUUCAUGGUUCUACUGCAGUCACCAUCUCUAAUAACUUCUUCUCAGAUCAUGAUAAGGUGAUGUUGCUUGGACAUAAGGAUGGGUUUGAUGCGGACAAGGUGAUGAAGGUGACGAUAGUCUUCAACCAUUUUGGGCCGAACUUGGUCCAGAGGAUGCCGAGGGUCAGGACAGGGUAUGCUCAUGUAGCGAGCAACAGAUACGACGGAUGGGAGUUGUAUGCUAUAGGAGGGAGUUCCAAUCCCACCAUCCUUAGCGAGGGAAACUACUACCAUGCUCUGGAUAAUCCGCAGACCAAGGAAUGCCUCUUGUCGAAGGCCAAGUCCACGCACUUCCCGCCGCAGCAUGAUUGUGUGAACUUGCAAACCUUGCCGCAGUUGAAGACGUCGGUGUCCGUAUCGACUUAUUGGGUAUUGCAGCAGGUUGAUGCCGGGUUCUCGGCGCUCGAACAGACAUUUGGAUCGAUGUCGCAUUUCUUUCCCUUGGGAUCCCUCGCCGCCAGGAAACGGCUUCUCCUCGGUGGAGCCGCCGUAAAAUCCUCAUGA